UCGCGAUAGCUGCAUUAGCCCCAGUGUACUUCGGUAUUAAGUAACAACAAUUGUAUGUAACAACGGUAAACCUUCAUCUGUGAUUCAAUUGCCAAUGUUAUGAAAAAUUGAAAUACGUACUAAAAGUGUGAUGUACGUGAUGUACAAUGGUCAUGAAUAAGCAAACAGAAUUGAAUUUAUGACGAACAAAAAUAAGACGACAAAAAACAGCAGAAAUGCUGUUAAUUAACUGAUACCAAACUCUAUUGUUGGACACUUUUUCGCGCUGUCAAAAAUUUUCGAGGUUAAUUUUCAGAUCGUGCCUCAGGCAUACGUAUGUAUUGCCGAAGUAUUAUCGUACGGACGGUAAAAUCCUAAUUGAGAAGUUACAGAGGAUCGCAGCUGUUGACGUCUUGCAGCUCUAUUACUCGGUGUAAACAAAUCAUACGAUUUUAACACAUUUAAUGAAAGAAAACGUACGAAUAAAUAAACGCAAAAUAAAUUGAGCGCUGAAUAAAAUUAACAGCAAUAACAAUAUCGUACGUAAAAUAAUAUUACUCAAUUCACAUGAUACAUGGCUAAAAAAGAAAAUCUAUAAAUAGACGUAAAUAACAAAAAAGAGGUACCAACGAACUGCGACAUGUACGGAAGAUUGCGGUGAAUAGUCGUUUCCUUUUUCGAAGGAGGUGUGAGCUGGAAAUUAGGUAGCGCAAAUUGGCCUCACCAGCUACAAGUAUCUCUCUAUGAUGUUUCCGUCAGGUCUUGGCUGUAAUCUCUCCUUUCCAAGCUGUCUAGGCUAUCCUCAGGACAGUGAAGAACUUAUUCCAAAGAUGGCGCGUGAACCCAUCAUUUUAAAUGUUUACGAUAUGUAUUGGAUCAACGAAUACACGACUCCCAUUGGCUUGGGCGUAUUUCACUCGGGUGUAGAAAUUUAUGGAACAGAAUGGGCGUACGGCGGACACACUCUACCAAUUUCCGGUAUAUUCAACAUCAUACCACGAGCAGCAGAAGAGUUAGGGGAACAAUUUAGAUUUAGACAAUCUGUACAAAUAGGCUAUACCGACUUCACUGAAGAAGAUGUAUCUAGGAUUAUUGUAGAACUGGGAAAAGAUUUCCGAGGGGAUCGUUAUCACCUUAUGAACAAAAACUGCAACCACUUUAGCAGUCAAUUAACCCAGAUUCUGUGUGGCCUAGAGAUUCCUGGUUGGGUAAAUCGAUUAGCAUAUUUCAGUUCCUGCGUUCCCUUUCUGCAGCGUUGUUUGCCCAAGGAAUGGCUGACGCCUGUUGCCUUGCAACAUUCACUGAGUCAUGUGAGUCACCACGACAGCACACCUGCGUCAGAUACUUCGUUGUAACAUUUAGCCAAUGACGUUGACGACGACGCAAAUGUAUUCAUGUGUCGUAGAAGUCACACGUUUUAAGUAAAUAUUUGUAUUUAAAGUGCGAGAGAGCGAGAGAGCGAGAGAGAGCGAGAGAGAGCGAGAGAGAGAGAAAGAGAAAGAGAUAAAUCAGACCAAUGUUUUCUGAGGUCUCCAUUAAUAGAUAUGCACUGAGUGCGGGUUGCAAAAAUUUGAUACAAAGUUAUAAUUUAACUUAAAAAUUGAACUGAAAGCCGCCUUGAGAUUUUCAAAAGAAUGAUAUAAUACGUAGUUCUUGCGAUUAUAAAAUUUUAAUCCAAGAACUGGCGAAUUUUUUUACAAAUAUUUUAAGCUCUUGUGUAAUUAUCCGAAUGAUGUUGAAAUUUUGCGACUGAAUCAUUAUUCAACAUACAUUGAACAACUUAUAUAAUGCCAUCGAACAAGUCUCUGAGCCACUACAUGUCGAAUGCAGAAAUGAUAUUGAUUAUCUAUUAGCAAAAUCUUUGCAUAUGAUUGCCUCCAUAAAUAAAUACAACCAUCUUAAAGUGUCUUUAAUAACGAUGUUUAUGAAAAAUAUUAGACUAAGAAGUAUUUACAUCAUUUUCACCUUAAUCCAUCUCAUAGUCAGUAAGAAUCAUAUUUAAUGAAAAAAAAUUGUUUCCAUCUCGUCUAACAACUGCAGAAAUAGAUGACUAGUCAUAUUUUAUAAAUCAUGCAAAUUCAUCAAAUUUAUUGUAUAAAAUUCACCUGUUAUGAAACUGAUGUAAAUUUAUCAGGCAUUUGUAGUUUCGUCACUUCACGGAAAAGUUACGGAUAAAUUUUACCUUCAUUGCCUGUUCAAGGACGUCAACAUUGAGAGAAAAUGAUGAACUUCAUAGAUUAGAAAUGAUGUUAAGCAGGCAUGGCCCACAUUUCUUUUCACUGCAUCGGUCUCGUGCUUCUUUAUUAAAUUAGAUUAUUUGUUACUGAUAUAAUAUACAUACAAACUAUACAAUGAUCAAACGUUUCAAGAUUAUACUUUAUGGAUUAGCUUUAAUAUUCAAUAUUUUUAUCAUUACCCUCCUCAUCUUUCCCUUACUUACAAACGCACAAAUUGAAUUUAUCCGUCAUUUUAAGAUUUAUCAUUUAAAGAGGUUUAAACUUCGUGGAAAUAUAUUAACUUGUUUUUUUUUUUUUAUAUUUUUGCAAUAAAAACUUCAAUUUAAUUACACCGAAAGGUGAGUCAUCAAAAUGUAAACACUCAUCGCCGAACAAAACUUCAACUCGUGUGUUAAUAAAAAGUAAUUACUAAAUAAAAUGAUUAUAGAAUCCUUCAGAAAAAUGAUAUCAGGUUAAAUCGGUGUAAUAAAGUCACUGUAAAAAUCGAUUACUUGAGCAGCUUAUUUCCAAAGUUAUGAAGCUUUACAAAUUUCGAACAUAUUCUUGCCAAUAAGAAACUUUUCAUAACGUACCACAGUGAGUUUCAAAUUUAAUUUAUUCACAAACUGCCCUACUAAAGAUGAUAAAAAGUUGAUGUUGACUUGUUAUUUUUAACAUUAGUUUGCGGAACUUUUCAAUAAUUUUGUAAUAUAAUUCUAGCAUUAAAUUCCAAGGGACGACGACCCUUUUAAUUAAAUAUUCACGGCUCAUUUUUACUUUUUGCUUACUUUCUGCGUAUCUCAAAGUUUAGCUGAAGAAAUCAAUGUUAUAUAUGAUUAUUUAAAAUACUACUGAAAACUGACUAUUUUUGGAUUCUGGUUAUAAUAUUUUCGAUAGUUUGGGUAGUUAGUUACAUUCGAAAUUCUUUUAUCGAUUUUACAGAAAGUGAGCCAUUUCUAUUUGAUAUACAAAAGAAACCGUGUCCAUUUAAUCCUGAAUCCCCGAUUGUACAAUUUAUUUUGUGUUCCUGCGUCGACAGCUACAAAGUUUGCGUCAGCCAAUAUUUUUAGUGCGACUAUCACUCGUUUGUCAGAUAGACAUUAAUAUAAAACAUGCACCUGGUUUAUUAUUACACUUCAUUACGAUAUUUAUUUCUGCACAAAUAUAAUGUUGAGUAUCCACGUUGGAACAAAUGUUUUACAAAGAGUAUAUAAACAAACUUACUCCUUAUUUGAAUUUAAUACAUAAUUAGCGAACCAAUGUUCAUCGAUACAUAAUGGAACAUCAAUGAUCGCAUUUAGCGUAUUUCAAUACACAGUAAUUUUGUUCAUAAUGUAAUUUACCAGUGAUUUAUAGAUAGAUUACCAAUAACUAGACAAAAGUGGUUUGAUGGUACAGAUUUUUUUUUAUCAAUUUAAUUCACGUUUAACUUCUAUGAUAGAAUCGACAAAGAAUAUUUCAAGUAUCCAAUACUAACUUUGACUUAUACGUUUAUUCUGUACUAGUGAAUCGAUCAAUGAUUAAAGUUAAAAUACACUUAAUGACGAAAAAUCUGUAAGAUUUCUGUUUGAAAUUGAAACAGACGGUAUGGCUUGAUGUUACUAAGGAUUUCUGAUAAUUUUUAUCGGGCAAAUUAGUAAAUACAUACUAUAUACAUGUUUGUAUACAUACGUAUACAUGUUUAAGAUAUGUUUUCGGCUUUAGAAUAAUGAUAAUAACAAUAAACCUGAUUCACCGUAUAUCUAUGAAGGUAUAAAAUAAUAUUAAUACCCUAUUGUGGUGCGUAUCGUACAGAAUCAAUCAUUCCUUACAGAGAUACUGGGAGUGCGAAUAGGAAAACUUGAUUCUUUCUAAAGUUGGAUAUUUAUUUAGAAACAAAGAAUUCUUUCCGAAACGCAGUCAAGCUAAUUAGUUACAGUAGGUAUCGUACAUUAAUAAACUUGCCAUAACAUUCUCUUAAAAACGUAUAUUUUCUAUAUUAGGGAUUUUUGUUACAAAUGAAAUUUUUGUUGAACCCUCGGCUAUAUGGCCAAAGAACACAUCGAACUCACUUCAUCCCAAAGUUUCUUGUCGUAAGAACAAGAAAUUUUUUGUUACAAAAGCCAUGAAUAGUAGUUAGUUUUUCUGUGAUGUAUAUUGAAUUACAUUUGUUACAUAUUGGAAAUUAAAAUACUGAACUCGUUUAACAGUGAAGCUGAAAAAGAAGAUGACAAUUAAUAAAUAAAAGUAAUAAUCAUAAAUUUAUAUAAUCAAAGACAAAAGUAAACAACUACAUCAAUCUAAUAAAUUAUCUUGAAAUGAUCCGAAAAUUUGAACAACUUGAACUAUUUACAAAACAUUGAUGAUAAAUGUAAAUAAAACGUUUUCUGUUAUUAAUUUUCGCUUGUAAUUAAUGGCAGGUUGAAAAUGAUUGAAGUUCGAAACUGAAAGUACAGAUGUUCUCUUAGAUCUAUAAAUCAAAAACUGUAUUUCGGAGCGCCGUGAGAAAAAUGUCUGUAUAAAGAAUAUUUUUUUUCCGACAGAAAGUAAGAUAAAAUCGCUGGUUUUUUUUUAAGUCGAGCAUGAGUGCUUGAGGUAUUCGUUAGUUAAACAUUAAUUACAGCACAACAUUGAAUAAUGAUCAUAAUAAUACAGUCAUGUAUCGUUAUUUAGGACACUGUUUCUGCACUAUGCAAAUAAUUUUUGGUAUUUAUUCCUUGAAUUCUAAUCUAAAUAUUAAAUUAUAUUCUCAUACAUUUGUAGCGUGUAUUGCUAAGUGAAUUUUGAAAUUCUCGUUUUAUUGUAUAAAGAUAAAGAAGUCAAUGAGUCGAAUGAAAACUUUUGAAACACUCGCCCAAAUGACUAGAGUAAUGUUACGUCCAUUGGUGAUAGAUUAUACAUAUAUUGUAUGUAUAAUUACGAGUUCGUUAGCACUUAUUGUGUAUCAGAAAUCAGGUAGAAAGAAUAUUUUAAAAUAAAGAAAGGGUAUACAUCAUAUGAAAUUGUGUAUAAAACUACAAACUCGAAAUUUACUCUGUAUGUUUUUCUGUUUUAUUUUUUCAAGAGAAACGUGUUCAAUAUUUAUUGGAAGUUUAAUUCUAAAAUAGAAUUGCUAUUGUAAAAGUAUCUCGAUUUUGGUAGGUAUUCAUAUUUUGACGAUCUAAUCGAAUAAAAAUGUUCUUUUUUUUCAUUGUCGAAAUGAGUGUAUCACAAAAUGCAUGUGUAGAAAAUAAAUAUAGCAGUACAAGAAAUUUACUCAGAAUCUUCAAUCAAGCAAUUUAACAUACGUUAGAACUAACCAGAAGUUAAACUUGUAUAUUUGUAGCGCCUGGGCCUAAUCCCAAGAAGAAAAAUAGUGGAUAUCUUUAUAAACUUUCGUUUAUAGACCCACGUAUAGUGUACUUUAUAAAGAAACUCGCAUAGGUGUACGUGUAUGUACAUAACAUUAUUUUGAAAUAUUACACCAUUGCAUACAUCGACGAAAGCGAUUCCAAGUUUUUGAUAAUAUAAUUACCGUGUUGUUCUAUGUAACUUAUUGUUCAUUAAGAGAACCUGUAAUGGUAGUAAUAUUAAAAGUUCUAUAUAAUUGAGAUAUUAAUAAAACGAUCUUUCAUUUGUACACCAAGCAAGAUUAACAUUUAAAAUAAUGUGUAACCCAAAUUUGAAAGCCGUUUCCGCAUGUUUGCCCAUCUUUCGUAUCGUUCUUACACAAUAGUCAUAUUUUCGUGACAAUAGCGCAUAAAAUAGGGAUUUCUUGACAAGAGCUGAGGGCGCUCUCCUUUUACAUCAAUUUUAUGCCACAAGUCGAGACUAAGUGAUUUCAUUGGUCGGAUCUAACGGAAUAGGCCAAUGAAAUCACUCGGUGUCGUACUGUGUCAGAAAGUUGCAAGAAUGACCAAAAUAAUCGAUUUUCGAUUAAAUCGAUUAUUUUUUCCCGAUUAAUCGAGUAUAAUAAAUUAUUUUUCAAACUCGAUUGAA